AUGUCAUUUCGUCAACCAAGUGAAUCAACAACCUUACUUAUUACCUCAGUUAUGUGGGUUAUAGUAAUUGGUGUUUUAAGAUUUGGUGCCCCAUACUUUAAAAGUAGCGAAGUUGGUACUAUUAUUGGUGGUUUAAUUGGUUCAUUAUUAUUCUUUUUCCAAAUCACAUUUAUUGGAUCAAUUAAAAGAGAUAUUAAAUGGUUCGAAUUAAUUUUUUCAAUUUUCACAACUGCAAUUAUAAGUUCAACAGUUCACAGAGUUUCGGGUACUGUUAGUGUUCUUUCAUCAAUUGCUAUUGUUUUCUAUUUAAAUCAUGUAUCACAUAAAAUCCAUUCCAAAAUUGAGGAAGCCAACUCUGUAUCAACCGGUGGUAAAAAGAAGAGAAAUUAA